CCUCCCACCAGCUAACAUGCUUCUGUUCUCUUCCAGUGUUCCACAAACACGGUUCUCAGCAGAGCUCUGCAGAAAUUCCUCUAAUCCUUCCUCUGCUACCCAGGAGUCAUGGAAGCCAGCGAUUAUGCCCGUGAACUCGGCUCUCCACCAACAUACAAUGAGCGUGGCUACGAGCAGCUGAGAAAGGAGACAGAGUUUCGGAAUAUCCCGAGCCAACAGGUCCAAACCACUGUGGUGACAAUUACGCCAGAGGGUCCCCGUGUCCGAGAUCACAUCAUCUGGUCGCUCUUCAAUGCCAUGUAUUUGAACUUCUGCUGCCUUGGUGUUUUCGCCCUUGUAUUUUCUGUCAAGUCCCGGGACCGGAAGCUUCUGGGAGAUAAGAAUGGUGCCACCAGCUACGGUUCCACAGCCCGUUCUCUAAACAUCGCUGCCACUGUGCUCUCUAUUUUGUUAGUUUUUGUCAUAGCAAUUGUCUUUAUUGUGCAGGCAACCAGAGUGGCUGAAAUGCGGGACAAGGAGCCAGAGGUGGAGGCGAGGAGAGGAGGUGGAGCAGAGGAGGAGCAGCAGCAGGAGGGGGGGGCGGAUCCCCAUCAGGGGGCAGAUACAGAUACCUGUCGGGUGAAAGAGGACGCUGGUCCCGAAGCGUCAGUCGGGCACAGAAGGCCCAGGACCUGCAUGUGCAAGACGGGCGGUGGAGGAAGCUUGGGGCGGUCCGGCAGUUGGGGCGGAUCCCCGUCAGGGGGCGGUUCCAGAUAUCUGUCGGGUGACAGAGGACGCUGGUCCCGAAGCGUCAGUCAGGCUCAGAAGGCCCGGGACCUGCAAGUGCAAGACGGGUGGUGGAGGAAGCUUGGGGCGGUCCGGCAGUGA